CGUUGCAGAGCCCGUGUCCAGUCUCCUGCUGGUGGGUCAGGUGCAAGGCAAGGCCUGGCCGAUUUUUGGCUCUGGAUCCCGACUGGCAGAGGAUUUCUAAGAGAGCUGGAGGCACAUUUCAGAGCCACUGGGAUGCCAGGCAUACCUUCAGCCUUCCUGCUCCUCCUCCUCCUCUCCAGGUUAGUUGCCCCUGUGACCUUUCGUCACCACCGCUACGACGACCUCGUGAGGACACUAUACAAGGUGCACAACCAAUGCCCGGACAUCACGCGGCUCUACCACAUCGGGCGCAGCGUGAAGGGGCGGUACCUCUACGUGCUGGAGUUCAGCGACCACCCGGGAAUCCAUGAGCUCUUGGAACCGGAAGUCAAGUAUGUGGGGAACAUGCACGGGAAUGAGGUGCUGGGCCGUGAGCUGCUGCUGCAGCUGUCAGAGUUCCUCUGUGAGGAAUUCCGGAACCGGAACCAGCGAAUUCUGCGCCUCAUCCAGGGCACGCGCAUUCAUAUCCUGCCUUCCAUGAACCCCGACGGCUACGAGGUGGCUGCGGUGCAGGGCCCAAACGCAUCUGGGUAUCUGGUUGGCAGGAACAACGCAAACGGAGUGGACCUGAACCGCAACUUCCCCGACCUCAACACCUAUUUCUACUACAACGAGAAGUAUGGCGGCCCCAACCACCACUUACCCCUCCCAGACAACUGGAAAAGUCAGGUGGAACCCGAGACCCGGGCCGUGAUCCAGUGGAUUCGCUCCUUAAACUUCGUUCUGUCGGCCAAUCUGCAUGGAGGGGCUGUGGUGGCCAAUUACCCAUAUGACAAAUCCCUGCUCCGAAGUCCUCACCGCACCUCCAACUCCCCCACACCGGAUGACCAGCUCUUCCAGACGCUGGCCAAGGUCUACUCCUAUGCCCAUGGAUGGAUGCACCAAGGUUGGAACUGUGGCGAUUACUUCCCAGAUGGCAUCACCAACGGGGCGUCCUGGUACUCUCUCAGCAAGGGAAUGCAAGACUUUAAUUAUCUUCACACCAACUGCUUUGAGAUCACACUAGAGCUCAGUUGCAACAAGUUUCCCCGCCAAGAGGAGCUGCAGCGGGAGUGGCUGGGUAACCGGGAAGCCUUGAUCCAGUUCUUGGAACAGGUCCACCGGGGCAUCAAGGGAAUGGUGCUUGAUGAGAACUCUAACAACCUCACCGGGGCUGUCAUUUCCGUCAGUGGCAUCAAUCACGAUGUCACCUCAGGUGAACAUGGGGAUUACUUCCGUUUGCUGCUUCCGGGUACUUACAUCGUCACUGCCAAGGCACCAGGGUAUGACCCAAAAACAGUGACUGUGACCGUGGGCCCUGCGGAACCAACACAGGUCAACUUCCAGCUCAGUCGAAGCACGGCGUACCCUGCGCAGAAAGCUGCCGGCCGAGGGCAGGGAAGCAGGCCAAAGCAGUCCCGGAUAACCAGAAAGAAAGACCCAGCAACAAAGCGGCAUCGAGGCCCUGCCUGAAGCCCAGCACCCAGGGCCUCACACGACAAGGCCGGGCCCCUGCUCUUGAUUCCCAUGUCCACACUUCUCUGUAUUGUCUGGACAUAUUCAGACACAGGCACAUCCAGAACAGGUCCAAGUGUUUCUGCCUUCCCCAGGCCAGCAUUAAAGGGGUCAGAACCUUCCGGAAACUGGUGCCCCACUGUACGUGCCUCCAUAGGCCAGCAUUAAAGGAGUCAGAACCAUCUGGAAACUGAUGCCCCACUAUACAUGCCUCCAGCAGGGUUCUGGAAACCUCCUUCCUGAGAGUCUGGGUUGGGUCCCAUGCCAGUGUGCACUACGUGCCGAGACAGGUUCCAGCUGGUUGUCAGUCUGUCUCCAGAGUCUGGCCUGGAGCUGGUGACAACUUUGGUGCUGCAUGAAGCUGUCAAAAUGACUGCAGCACUGAGGAGACCAGAAUUGCCUGGGACCAUUUCCAUAAUAGCCAGUGGUUUCCUAGUGAGGGAAGGGUGUGGCCCACGGGGUUCAGUUCCCUGCCCCUCUUCUGUGAGCACGGCCAACAAUUUACACCUUUCGUGACAUUUUCUGGGCAUGUAGGAGACAUGGCACGCCUGCAGUCUGGUGUGUCCUGUGUGUCCUGUAGGGCAAUGCUCUGGGCUUUGCUGAGGCCCAGCUGAACCCACUGGUCCUGAAGGCAUUGUUGAGCACACUAGAUGUCUUCUGUCUCAGGCCUACUAGCAUACAAGCAGAUGAGCCCUCGUCGGGCUGGUGUCCUGAGUCCUCUGUCCCCAGUGCUGGGUGUUAGGGGUCAGCCUGAGUCUCCACAGCUGCUCCACUAACCAACCUAGCUUUUUCCUGUGGAUGAGCAACCUCCCCACUCACCUCUUGGGGCAUACCCCGCCCCCAUCAGCAUCUGUGAACUAGCAUUCUUUCUUGAUCUAUGUCUGAGCCAUCUCCGUCUGGCCAGAAGGAAAAGAGACUCAGGUGUCGCCUCCCUGUCUUAGAGAGGCCUCUCUUCAAGCUAAAGAAUGAAUGCUUUCUGGGCGGUUUCCAGUUUUAAUUCCUUGGAUCCCUUCUUUAAUGAUGCAGCUUUGAGAGAGGACACAAGUCAGCCCAGGGACACACGGUGCCUUCGUUUAUCGUGCAUGCUACAUUUUCCUAGGGUGUCUGAAUAUCACUCUUUGCUCAGGUUCCCCAAUACUAAGUCAUUUGACAGAACUGACGUUCACAAAGUGGGGUCACAGAGUACUUGCUGGCACUGCCCCCGACUUCCCUUCCUUCAUACGGCAGAUCUUUAUUGAGUCCCUGCUCUCAAAGGGUGCAGAGACUGUGCAGAGAGGAAGGAAGCCUGGCCCAUGGUCUCAGUGUGGUAACGCAGCCCGGAAGACCCAUGCGUUGUCAUAAUUGCUGUGACCCCGUAACUCCGCGGUAGGGCUGAGGAGCCCAUGAGAAAAGCCGGCACAGCAAUAGUGAAGCCUGAGAUAAGAUAUACUGAAAUCAAUAGUGACCUCUGAGGUAAGUUUCCUGAAGUCAAACAGAGCGAGGUGUACAGGAGGUGGGGAGUGUGGUUAGUCAGAGAAGGAGGCGAGUGCAGAGGCCUGGAGCUUCUUGGAAGGUCGUGGGUCCUGUGGGGGUGGGGAGGCUACAAGAAACGCAGCGUCUAGGGCUGAGCGGGAUGUUGAGGGCCAAGGCUGGGUGUCUGGGGGGGCUUAUACACAGGGUAAUUUGGGCCUUUAUCCCCAGAAGACUCAGCAGCUACCGAAGGGUUCUGCCAAUAGCUGGGCUGAACUCGAUUGAUGAUCAGGGUGCUGCCUGAAGAGCUAGUAGACCCAAGCCUGCAGGGAGCCAGCUGGGAAGAUGGCCUCAGCCUUGGAGGGGCAGAGAGCACUUCCUAUCAGCUGCUUGUGGCUUCCCUGCCUUCCCAGAGACUUCCAGUUUCCUCUCAGAUCUCUUCUGCCUGCCACUCUGAGGCUGAAACACUAAAGCCGUUGUAGCACUUCACCCCAACCGUAAGGCCUGUCCUAAGAACACCCUGCUCAAGUGCACAGUGAGAUCAAACCACAUUAUACAGAAUACCCAGGGUCUAGCCAUGGCACAGAAGCGCCAUGCAUCCUGAAGGAAAACUGCUUUGUAUACAGUUGAAAGUAGGUCCCUACAGGUUGGUGCACUGGAAGCUUGGUCCUCAGGUGGGUAGUGGCACUGGGACAAUGGAAGCUGUAAGGGUGGGACUUCAUACAAGAUGAUUAGGUCAUGAGCCCCUGCCCUCCAAAUAGACCAGCGCUGACCUCCUGUCGGAACAGUGGGCUGUGUCCAAGCAAAGCCACGCCCAUCCUGUAGCCCCUUCUGCUUCUGUUGAUGGCUUUCUGAUUCUCCAUGAAGGGAGCUGGCGUAAGGCCUUUGCCAGGAUCUACGUACCUGUUAGGAUUCUCAGCCACUGGAAUCAUAAGUCAA